GCACGGGGGAGCUGCGGCUGGUGGGGGGCGGCGGGCGCUGCGCCGGGCGGGGGGAGGGGUAUCACGAAGGGGAGUGGGGCUCCGUCUGCGUCUACGACUUCGACUGGGAGGCCCAUUGGGCCACCGUGGUGUGUCGGCAACUGGGCUGUGGCUCGGUGGCCAAGGCAUCGGUCUUCGCCCCCUUCGGGGAGGGCACCGGCCGCAUCUGGCUCCAGCCCUUCUGCCACGGCACCGAGAAAAGGCUGCAGGACUGUCUCCACUUAGGCUGGGGACAGAACUUCUGUGGCCACAGGUGGGACAUUGGGGUGACCUGCACAGCUGGUGCCCCGGUGCAGAGGCGGUGGCUGCGGCUGGCGGCCGGCGGGGGUCCCUGCGCCGGGAGGGUGGAGGUGAAGCUGCAGGGACAGUGGGGCACGGUGGCGGACAACUACUGGGACAUGGAGGAUGCCGAGGUGGUGUGCCAGCAGCUGGGCUGUGGCUCGGCCACCGGUGCCUACAUGGCUAGCAGCCGCUUCGGCCGAGGAAGUGGCCCUGUCAGCCUGGGAAUGAUCGACUGCAAGGGGACCGAGACCGCCCUCUGGGACUGCGAGGUCCUUGGCUGGGGACCCUACAUCUUCCUUCAUGACUUGGACACCUCUGUCGUCUGCCAAGGGUUCGCCCGGCUGGUGGGUGGCCCCGAUGCCUGCGCCGGGCGGCUGGAGGUGCGGAGUGGCCGAGCCUGGGUGGGCGUUUGCCAGGACGAGGUGGACAUCAAGAUGGCCCAGGUGGUCUGCCGGGCGCUGGGCUGCGGCGAGGCGCUGGCCGUCCCCGGUGCCAGCCACUUCGAGGCGGGAACGGGGCCGUUAUGGGAGGGGGGGUUCGACUGCACCGGCACCGAGCCCCUCCUGGCCUCCUGCACCCGACGGCCACGCCGUGGGCAGGGCUGCUCCGGCCACGCCACCGUCAUCUGCUCCCGUAAGCACUUGGGGACAGCGGGAGGGUGUUGGGGGGUGCCCCCGCUGUCCCCCCCCAAGCCCACCGCCCUUUUUGCCGCAGCCUACACCGGUUUCCGUCUGGCGGGCAACGAGUCGGGCUGCGCCGGGAGGGUGGAGGUGGAGGCGGGGGGGACGUGGGGGUCCCUCUGCGCCAGCGGUUGGGACCUGCCCGACGCCCACGUCCUCUGCCGCCACCUCGGCUGCGGCCCCUCCGCCCCCACCGUGCCACCGGGAGGCUCCUUCGGCGGCGGGGACGGGCGGCUGCGGCCGGACGCCUUUGGCUGCGGCGGGAGCGAGCGGCACCCGGGCGAGUGCCCCACGGUGAGGCUGGGGGAGCCCCCCUGUCCCCCCGGCCACGCCGCCGCCGUCACCUGCUCAGGUGGGUAUGGCCGGGAAAAAGCCUUAAGGGGACCCCAAAAAGCGUGUCCCGAGCCUUUUUUGGGACUGCCCAAAAGCGGGGAGCGGAGGGCGCAGGGCCGUUGUGGGGCGAAGGGAAGGCUGUGUCCCCACGGCUCCCCCGGGGAUGUUGUAGGUGUCGCCGAGCCCCUGCGGCUGGUGGAGGGGGAGAGCCGGUGCGACGGGCGCCUGGAGGUUGCCACCGGCCCCGGUGCCUGGGCCAGCGUGGCGGCGGGGCCGUGGGACGCCCAGGGGGCCAGCGUGGUGUGCCGGCAGCUGGGCUGCGGCGUGCCGGAGAAGGUCUACGCCGUGCCGGGCUCGGGCACCGCGGCGCUGCCGGGGCUGCGGUGUGAUGGCACCGAGGAGAACCUGGCCCAGUGCAACGUCUCGGGGACAGCCACCACCCUGACCAGCAGCUCCAAGGAGGUGGCCACCACCCUGACCAGCAGCCCCGAGGAGGUGGCCACCACCCCGACCGGCAGCCCCGAGGAGGUGGCCAUCAUCUGCUCAGCACCCCAAGGGGCCACCCCAUCCCCAUCCCCUCCGUGCCCCGCAGGCAGCCGGCGGGUGAGACUGGCCGGUGGCUCCGGCCGCUGCGCCGGGAGGGUGGAAGUCUACGUCCAGGGCAGCUGGGCCAGCGUCUGCCAGGAAAAGUGGGACCUCCCGGAUGCCACCGUCGUUUGCCGCCAGCUGGGCUGCGGAACGGCGCUGGUGGCACUGGGCUCCGAUGGCUUCGGUCCCGGCACGGGGCCAGCGUGGCCGGAUGCCGGUGGCUGCGCCGGGAGCGAGGCGUCUCUCUGGGAUUGCCCGUCUCCGGCAGGGCACGGCUGCCGGCGCGGCGGCGGGGCGAGUGCCAUCUGCUCCGGUGGGUGCCCCGCAGCCCCAGCCCAUGGGGACCAUCAGCCCUGGGGGUGGGGGGGUUCCUGCCCCAUGCGUGCCGUGACCCCCCCGCUGUACCCCCUUGCAGAGCAUCGCUCCCUGCGGCUGGUGGGUGGCAGAGAGCGCUGCAGCGGGCACCUGGAGGUGUUCUACAAGGGGACGUGGGGCCGCGUGUGUGCCAAUGGCACCAGCCCCGAGACGGCCAGCGCCGUCUGCCAGCAGCUGGGCUGCGGGGCCCAGGGGAGGCUGGUGGCCGCCCCCUCCCCGUCCCCGUCCCCCGCCUGGCUGGCCUGGGUGGGCUGCCAGGAGGGGACCCGCUGGCUCUGGCGCUGCCCCUCGGCACCCUGGCACCUGCAGCCCUGCAGCCCCGACGGGGACGCCCACGUCACUUGUGACGGGGACAUGGGGAUGCCCACCCCGUCCCCAGGGAGCCGCUGCCCGGAGGGUGCCACUUGCACAGGUAGCUCUGCCCAUCCCGAUGUCCCCAGCAGCACCACGGUGGCGGCAACAUCGAGGAGGGUGCCGGUGCCCACGGUCCUGUGCGUGGUCCUGGGGACCCUGCUGUGCCUGGUCCUGGGCGCCCUGGCCGUGCAGACGUGCCGUGCCCGCGCUUGGUGCCGAGGCCCUGGCAGAGCCACAGGCGCCGUCUCUGAUGCCAUCUACGAGGAGCUGGACUGCACCCUGACGCCCGAGUACCAGGAGGUGCCCAGUCGCCCAGGCUCCCCGUCGGAGGGGUCGGGGACGAAGCUGCCGUAUUACACCGGGGACAGCGAGGAGGAGAACGACCCCGAGACAGCCCCAGACCCCCCUGCCCAGCCCGAGCACGGCCCCCCCGACGGCUACGAUGAUGCUGGGGCCGCGCUGGAAGAGCCCCCCGCUCCCGGCACCGGGGACGUCUCCCAGGGGGUGGCACGGAGGAGCUGGAGCUGUGUCCCACCCACAG